AUGUCAAACAUAAUGAUGAUGACAUCAAUGUCUAGAUUGGUCUGCACUACAUCUAUGAACACCACUGUCAGUGGUGUUAGUAGUAGUAGACAUGGUUUGGUGAUUGGAGCAUUGAUCGUCAACGACUAUUUCCAAAGUAGUAACAGAUCUAGAUCACAGUUUAGUUAUUAUUCUUCAACUAGCACGAGUACUUCUUCAUCUUCAUCAACUACACAACAAUCAUUACAAUCACCAAUCAACAAUCAUGGUGGCAAUCAAAAGAUUAGAGAGCAGCCAGCGAUCAACCAAUCUACAACUACUUCUUCUACUACAUCUAUGACCAAGGAACAAGAAAUAAGAAACAAGAUAGCUGAAGAGAAAAAGAUGAUACUUGACAAGUUGGACAGGACCAAGAACAAAAAAGACGACAACAACGAUAAAGAUCAAGAUGAAAAGAGCAUCAAGAAAAAGAAAGAUAAAGAUGACAAGAAUGAUAAAGACAAUGGUAAAGAAGAAGAAGAAGAAGAAUCAUUUAUUGACAAGAUGAAAAAGAUGUCUUAUGAAUUGGGACAACAAACCAAGACUGGUAUUGUAUCAUACUAUCAAAAUUGGAGAUAUAUUCAAGAGGUAAUCAAACCAAAACAAAAUGCUGGUAUGGCUCUCCUCAGAAAAGAUAUCAUUCAUUUAAAAACAUUUAAAAUUGAUUCAUUGUAUUGGAUACCAUUGGGAGUAUAUUUACUCAUUCCAUUCUCAACCUUUGGAUUACCAAUCUAUAUUAAGUAUUUGUCUGCUAUACUCCCAUCAACAUUCUCAACAAGACAAAUGAUUGUUAAAAGAAAACUAUCCAAUCAAAAACACAGAACCAAAUUAGCAAAGAAAUUAUUUAAAAGUUUAACUGAUAAAUAUAGUAAGAAUCAACAAAAUCAACAUAAUAAUAACAAUAAUAAUAGUAAUAGUAAUAAUACACCAGAUCAACAAUCAGAACAACUUCAACAAAAUAAUAAUAAUAAUAAUACUACUACUACUACAAAUCAAGAAGAUGAAAGAAUUAUAAUUAGAAUUCAAGAUUUGAAUAGAUCACAUUUAGUAUUAUUAUCAAGAUGUAUUGGUAUUAAAUGGGCAAUAUUUAUGAGUCCAAGUCAAUUACAACAAAAAUUAAAGGAUUGGGAAAAGGAAGUGAUUCAAGACAACCGAUUAAUUCUUCGUGAAGGCAUACAAAAAUUGUCUAUCGAAGAUCUACAAGAUAUAUCGUAUCAGAGAGGUAUCCAUUUCAAAAACAAGACAUACGAUCAAUUACUUUUCAUUCUCUCCAAAUCCCUCUCCAUAUCUGCUUCACCACCUUCACACUCCUCUUAUUGUUUCUCUGUCAUUUCAAGUUUAAUUCAAGAUGAUCAUAUUGAAACUGAUGAUGAUUAA